AUGACUGCCAAAUGUGAACAAUUUGAAACCAACAAAUGGACAAUUAUAUCUUCUAAAAGUCAUAUACUAGGAUCAGGAUGUUCAUCGCGCAGUCAAGUACCAUUGCUAUCAUGUUGUGACUUUUGUCGCUUUUCUAUUGAAUUGCAGCUUCAUCAUUUACCUGAAAUGGUAUUUCCUAAUAAUAUUUUAGAAAUUAAAUAUGAUGGCCAAUCUGGAAUACGAUUUUGUGCCUUGGAUUCACUCAGGGACGUUGACCCUUGCAGAGCACCAGUGAAAAUUGCUUGUUCAAAAGAAUGGAAAGAAUCUAGACUCGAUAGUGGUCUAGUAGAUAAAGAUGUUAAUAUGUUUGAUUGGACAUAUUCAACAUACUAUGAAGGCACUCUAUUUGGAUAUUCAGUUGCUGAAGCUACUGAAGAGCGUAUAAACAUGGAGAAACUCAAAGUUCAAGAAGAGAUACUUUUUUACUCAGACUUGACUUUAUUUGAAGAUGAAUUACAUGAUAACGGUGUUGCUGUAUGUUCUGUAAAAAUUCGCUGUAUGCCUAGCGGUUUUUUCGCUUUGUUGCGAUAUUUUUUACGAGUAGAUGGUGUCAUGAUGCGUAUACAUGAUACACGUUUGUAUAAAGAAGCAGAAUGGGAUUAUGUACUGAGAGAAGUUUGCCGUAGAGAAUUAUACACUACAGAAAUACCAGUUGGAAAAUCUGGCUCAUUAACUGAUCCUGGAAGCUUUGCCAAUACCUUACCCAUUGUUCUGCCCAGAGGGGUUAGUGGAGAUGUCUAUAAUUUGGCCGACAUAAUAUUAUCACAAGCACUAGUGGGCUCUUAUCCCAAUGAACUUGUACUUUCUUAUUUAAGACAUUCACUAAACUGUCAACUCGUGUCUUAUGCAGCUAUCCUUCAGCGCAUUAGCAAAUAUGACAAGUUUCAAAAAAGAUCAUGUGUUAUUAUUUUGCUCGAUUUCCUUGAAUCUACACUUCAUGGCAUAACAUGUCGAGGAAAACCAGAAGAAAGUGUACUAGCUGUAGCACUAUUGUCGUUGGUUGAUUGGCUGCUGACUUGUGUCCGUAGUGGACAUGUACCUAAAGACGGUACCUCCAAUCGUCUUGAAGAUCGUAUUGCAAACAAAUCCAUUCAAAUUUUAGAAUAUCUUUUAAACAAUGAUUUUAUAUUUGCUAUGCUUUAUUUGGCCAAACAUGAUGAUGCUGAACUGUACUUAGUCAUUGUGAAUAAGUGCCAAGAAAUUAGUCAAGAUGUACAAAAUUCAAUGGACACAAAUAUUCCACAUGUGCACAAUGUUUUAAUACAAUUAUGCAACAUUGACUUUAAAAAUUCAACCAAACUUACAGCAAUGGAAUCAGUAACAACUUACAAUGAACCAAUUACUUAUGUAUUACAACCAUUGUUAGCCAUUAGAGUGAUGUUGAACCCUACAACAGAGACUCAAGUAUUGGUGGAUAAAUUAAAAAUGAUUCGUCAAAUUAAAGGUUACAGUAAUCCGCGAUUGUACUGUGAAUUGAUUCGUGCUUGUCUCAUGUGUUUACGAGAUUCCUUGAGUAAAGAAGAUCACGGACCACAAUGGGGUGCAUUUACAUUUAUUAAACUGCCACACAUCAUAAAACAUCUGUGUGAGGACUCAAAAAGUUUCAAAGCGUCUGAAGAAGUGAUUGAAGGUUUUGAGAUGUUAUUGGAGAUGUUUCCAUUGCUGGAUUUCAUUGACUCACAUACAGCCUGCAGUUGUAUAGAACUUCUGCUCAACGAAUUAGUAAAACUAGAAUUUGUCACUGAAAAUCAAUGCAGUUCAAUAAUUGCUAGGAGAGCCAGUGUAGUUUCAACACUUAGUAGCCCGAAUCCCCCCUCAAAUGUUUUGACCAUUAUUAUGAGAACGGAACCUACUUUACAAAGAAUGCUUAGGACUUUAGAUUCUGAUUACUCUAAAAUUCAAGAGGCUUUAGUUAGUGUACUCAGUCAAGUACUCUCUGGUAACAGUUUAGAGUUAAUUCUGGCAGCAGCAUCAGUUGAGGGUAAACUGCGCAUGUUUGUCUCUAAAGUGAUAAAAUUUAAUGAAUUCAGCCAGAAAAUAAAUCUACAAGAUGGUGCUAAGUCUGUACGCACUAAUGCAGUAUUAUUUGACAUGACAUUCUUGAUGCUCUGUUUUAUAACUCAAAAAUAUGGAUAUCAAUCAAUUUUCCUUGAUGGUGGUAAUAAUACAUUUUUUGAAAAAUGGUGCCGACAAUGUAUGGUUGAACUCGGAAAUCCCAAAUCCCAUGAAACUAUAAUGGGUGAAUGUGAUCCAAGCAAAGUAACAGCUCUGUUAACUGCUAUUAAUGAUGGAGAAGAUUUAAUAAAUUGUGAUACAAGUUGGGACCAAAUUUGCAUAACUAUAAUUGGUGCCACGCACGAUGUUUUAGUUGCUUGGGAAAAUUCUACAUUAAGCAGUAAUGAUGUUAAGCGUAUUUUAGAUGCAAUGCGUUCAUCAAUGUUUUGUUUGCCUAUUUGUGCAGCAGCAUGGCUCUGUUCUUACAUGCAGGUAUUGCAUCAAGACGCUUUGCUCAAGCCAUUAAAUAUGGUACAACAGUUAUUAAAUGUUCUUCCAGAGACAGAAGAAAGUCAAGACAUAUACUCUAAAUGCCGUCAAGUAUUGAUGUGUCAAAUUAUUCGUAAAAUGCAGCAAGAUUUGAAUCCUCCAACAAUGCCGUCCAAACCUUCUCACAGUAUUAUAUCAAAAGACUCAAUCCUUGAACAACUUAUACCCAUUUGGGAGAGUAUUUUGGAAGAAGGUUGGUUGAAUGUAAAAAAUGCUCAAAAAUUAAAAACAACAUUAUUCACAGCUGGAUCAGAUUGGUUUGUCAACAAUUUAAUCAAGGAAAUGAUGAAGUUACAAUACCGCGAUGAAUUAGAAAAAGCUGUUGACUUAUUGUUUGCCAUAUUUCAUUUUGAUAUUGAGUUCUGUACACUUGCAUUACUAGAACUGAUGCCUCAGUACCUGUUUAAUCCAGAUAUAAAUGUAGAGCUAAUUGAGCCUCAACAGACUGCACUGGCUAAACUCUGUUCAUAUUGCAUUUACGCGUCGGUUGAAUUGCAGCAAAACAGUAUAGUAAAAAACGAUAUUCAUAAAACACCAAUCAACAUCGACAUUGACAUUGAUAAUUCGUGGCCACCAAACAAAAUAAUGCGCUUGGAUAACGGAGAUUGUGAUUCUAAUGGUACUGGAAUAAAUGGAAUAUUAUUAAAAGCUCUUGUGGCUCUUUUUCGUCGUAUUGCUGUUGUUGCUUCGAGACAUGAACAAUUGUGCCGAGAAACCCAUUUUGUGUUGAGAUUGCUUGAACAACUUGUUAUGUGUGGACGAGGAUCAUCACAGAUUAUUCUCAGACAUUUACCACCAACUCUGUUGCCAAAUUUGAUACGUUGCGUUCCAGAAUUGUUUACUGUAGAUUUGAUUUUGAAUCUAUAUGACUUGAAUUGGCCAUCUGGUCGUAAAGCUGCCACUAGUGAUUUGUGUCUUUUGCAGAAAACUCGUUGUGCAAAAAAUACAGAGUAUUUGUAA